GUACGCUAGUGUGUGUAACGUUGCGUUGCAGAGGUUUCUGACCGUUUCCUGCCAUUUCGAUUUUUGAUGCAAACAAAUCGUGUGUUAAAUCAAACAUGGGAUUCCAAAACAUUUGGUACUCACAUCCACGCAAAUAUGGACAAGGAUCUAGAUCUUGUCGUGCUUGUGCGAACAGGCAUGGUUUGAUAAGAAAAUAUGGAUUAAACAUUUGUAGGCAGUGCUUCAGGGAAUAUGCUGCCGAUAUUGGCUUCAAAAAGCUGGAUUAAGGUAUGGGAAUAAUGAAAUGAAUGUAUGAGAUACAAUAAAAUUAAUUUUUUCUACUAAA